AUGAUAUUUUAUAUACCAAUUACCCCUCUGGCAGGAGAGGAGAAAGCAAAGGGCGUAGAAAACAAAGUAUCGCGCAGUGUCAAGGCCCCACGACCUCCAAGGUACAAUGUAAAGUACCUGGACUUCGACAACCUACCUGACACAAAUUUCUCAUGUGAAGGAAAGGUUAUUGGAGGAUACUACGCAGAUGUGGAGACUGGUUGCCAGAUGUUCCACGUCUGCACCAUUGGUCAGAAGGGGGAGAUUACUGACAUAAAGUUCCUUUGCCUCAAUGGCACAGUUUUUGAUCAAGAGACACGUGUCUGUGAACGAGUUGAUGAAGUGGACUGUUCGAAGACCGAAGGUUUCUAUGGUCUUAAUCUCGAAUUGUAUGGAAACACGGGUGCAACAUAUGGCCAGGAGGAGCCUGAAGAAGCUGAAGAUCAUGAAGAAUCACAGAGCCGACACAGUCAAACCCAAAGUAGUUCUCCUUCACCUCCAACCACCCCAUCUCCUCCAACAACUCUGAAAACUACUUCUCCCACCACACCUACAACAGUAGUCACCACAACAUCUCCUCCACCAACCUCCACAACACCCGCCCACCCCUUCACCCCACCAACAACCAUAUCAACAAUAUCUUCCACUCUGCAUCCUUUCAGUCAAAAACCACACACAGUCCACUUUUCUUCAACAUCAUCCCCACAUUCAGUAUCAUCCUCAUUCCUUACAUUCCCAAGUGGUGGAGACCAUGUGUUUGAGACAGCUCCUGAAGGAAGCGGAGGCCAUAGCCCUGACCUGGAUCACUUCCCUCCUCCUUCAUCGUCUUCUAGCUCCUGGCCUCAAGUAAACCUCCAGAGCGGAGGGGGAAGUGGAAUUAUUCACCAGACUGAUUCUUCUCCUUUUCAUGCACUCAAAACCACACCAAAACCUGUGAAUUUGUUUGGAACGAGUGCUCACAGCAACAGCCAUUCAAAUCAUCAAUUCUUAUUCUCUACAACUAAAGCACCAUCACACUUCUUUUCAGGGAAGAGUCCUGGUGGCUUUUCAGUGACAUCUCAUCCCCCAGUGACCCAGUUUCCACUGAAGAAUGCUGGACAUUUAAUCCAAACUAACAUACCUCCUGAUUUCUACCACGAUCAAAAUAGAAAUCGCCAAACGCAAAAAAAUUCACAAGGUUAUCUGGGACGUCAGUCAAACGUUCAAAUAGUACCCAAUCCUAUACAUUUCCAAUACACUGGCAGACCAACUGAACAACAUCAUGUUUUCACUACUCCAUCUGUACAGUCUACUGUAGUAUCGUCUACAAGCAGUGUUUCAAGUGUUAAAACAACUAUAAAACACCCAGAUACCCACAAUACACAAAAUCCUCCAGCUAAUGUUAACAGCUUUGCGUUUGGCAUUAACAGUGGAUUAAGCCCUUCAACUUUUGUUGAUGAAAAAUCUCACUCCAAUGACACCCAACACCUUACAUCACCUCCAACAUCUUAUGAUGAAUAUCAUGAAAGAGAUGUGGCCCUUGAUCCAUUUUUUAAGGAUGUACCCCGGAUCUCACUAAAACAAGGCCGAGGCAACAGAAGAAAGAGGCAAACACAAGAUAUUCAGCGAACCAGAGGAAGUCGCAGGUUUAGAAACAAGCCAGCUUCGCAACAAACGACUCAACCAGAGUCAGAAGAAAGUAGCAGUAUUACUUCAAAUAGAAGGCAAUCACAGACUCUUCCCACAAUAAGACAGAAUUAUGUUCCCACAGCUCCUUCUUUAAAUAUUGAUUCCUCUCAAGAACCUAAUGCAGAUGCUCCAACCACAGAAAUUUCUAAACGAUUACCAUCAAGACGCAAAUCAUCUUUUAAUACAAGAGAUUCUCAGAGGAGUGUAACUAGAGACUCAGUGGUUCAAGAAACUCAAGUUCAGCAAGCAGGCCUGAAUGACCAUAGAAGUAGGCAGAAGCAGCAAACAAUCAAUGUUCAACCAAAAGCAACAGAGGAAGUGCUACUUGAAACAACAAGUGAGCUUCCAACAACUACAACUACAAGACAGCCUCUACCAGAAACAAGUUUCACAUGUGAUGGUAAAGUAGUUGGAGGAUAUUAUGCAGACCCUGAAGCAGACUGCCAGCUAUUCCAUAUCUGUGUGCUUGGAAGACAUGGAAAAAUACGAGAUGAUAAGUUUUUAUGCGGCCCCGGUACACGUUUUGAUCAAAUGUCUCGCACCUGCCAAACAAAGCAUUUGGUGAACUGUAAUCUUGCCACAUCAUUGUACCAUGUCAACUUGCCAUAUCAUUUUCCGGAGGACAAUGAACCAGUACCUGAUCUAAUGUUUGAGUCACAUAAAGUAUCGAAACGAGCAACACAAAAAGGAGCUUUACAAGAUGAUGAAGGAGCUCUGGACAACCCACCAGAAACAGACUUCAGUUGUGAUGAUAAACCAGAAGAUGGACUGUAUGCUGAUGUUGAAACAAACUGCAAAUAUUUUCAUUUAUGCCAGAAGGGGGAAAAUGGCCACCUCCAUUUAGUUUCUACAUUUGCAUGUCCUUCAGGAACAUCUUUCAACCAGUACGAAGGCAGCUGUGAUGCUUCUAAAGAAGUAGAGUGUGAAAUAUUUUCGCAACCUGAACAUUUGUUUGCAAGAUCUAAUUCCAGAAAUAAAAGACAGACUGCAAAAGAUUUUCUCAAAUCAGCAGUCCAAUUUAAGUUACCACUAAACAUAUAUCGCAAUAAACGUAACGCAGAUCAAGACAUUCCUGACACAGACUUCAGUUGUGAGGAUAAAUUGGAAGAAGGACUGUAUGCUGACACAGAAACAAACUGCAAAUACUUUCAUUUAUGUCAAAAGAAUAAGAAGGGUCAUUUAUUUUUAGUUUCUUCAUUUGUGUGCCCUCCAGGAACAUCUUUUAACCAACGUGAAGGAAACUGUGAUGCUUCUAAAGAAAUAGACUGUGAAAUUUAUUCUCAACCAGAACACUCAUUUGCCAAAUCUAAAUCAAGGAACAAAAGAAAUGCACAAGAAAGAUCAAUGGAAGAAACACAAAAUAAAUUACACCAUUUGGAAAAUCGCUACACAGCAAGUUCUCUGCAAAACCCUCCUGCUACAAAUUUCCACUGUGAAGAUAAGCCUCAGGAAGGAUUGUAUGCUGACACUGAAACAGAUUGCAAAUAUUUCCAUUUGUGUCAAAAAAGUAAAAAUGGCCUUUAUUUAGCUUCAACUUUUGAAUGUCCCCCAGGCACAUUAUUCAACCAGCAUGAAGGCAACUGUGAUGCUUCUCAAGAAAUAGACUGUCAAAUCUACUCACAACCUGGCCAUUCAUUUGCAAAAUCUAAAUCUAGGAGCUCAAGGAGCAUAAUACAAGAUCACCCAUUCAUUGUAAAACAUCACAAACGUGAGGUUGAUCAAGAAAGUACAGAAUCAUAUUACACUGAUGAUGAAAUACAAUCAGCAGAAAGAGGUGACCACUCAGAAGCAAGUUAUGAAGAUAUCUCUGAAGGGGAAUUAUACGAUUCUUCUGGAGAGGUAACUCACACUGAAGAGAGUGGUUCAUUCCAUGAAGAAAAUAAUACGCGAAAGCAAGUCAGACAACAUGAAAAUAAGAAGUCUCCCGGUCAAACUACAAAAAAGAGUGAUGAAAUUAGUUAUGAAAGUACAGAAGCAGAAAUAUCAGAAGAAAAAGAUUUUGAAACCCAUUCCCUUGAAAAUACUAAAACCCAGAGCGGAGAAGGAGAAGAAUACAUCAACGAAAAAUCUAGUUCUCAAGAAUCACAUGAAACAGAAGACAAUGAAAGUAAUGAAGACAAAGCAAAGAGAAAAACUGCAGAUCCUAAAAGAGAAUCUGAUAAAGAAUCUCAUGAAAUACAAGAAAGUGAAAGCCAUGAAGAUAAAGCAAAAAGAAAAACUUUAAAUUCUGAAGAAUAUGAAUCAGAAUCACAUGAAAUACAAGAAAGUGAAAGCCAUGAAGACAAAGGUAAGAGAAAAAAUGUAAAUUCCAAAGAAGAACCUGACACAGAAAGUGAUGAAAGUGAGAGAGACAGUGCAAGUAUUGAGAACAACACAGAGGAAGAAGAUGAUAAAGUUGAAGAAAUGCAUAAAAAUUCAUCGAAUGAAAAUACUUCUGUAAAGGAAAAUAAUGAAUCACAACUAAAUUCUGAUGAAGACUUUGGCACAACAGAACGCGAAACAUCUGCAGACAGCAUUGGCAAUAAUCACAAAGGAGGUGAAUCCAAAACCACAAACAAAAAUAUUGCAAAUGAUAGUGACAGAAUAUUUACAAGCACACUAUCAGAAGAAAUUAAAACAGAAAAUGAAGAUGAACCAAAUAUAUCAAUUGAAUACACUCAUGAUGUUCCUCAAACAAAAGAAAACCUUUCCGUUGAAGAUUCUGACUCUGUGCUCAAAGAAAACUCAAAACACAAAAUUAAUUUCACUAAAGAUUCUGACACAGAGGACAACAUUCAACACAAGAAAAGCACAGACCAGAACAGUCAGGUAGAAGAAAGCAAAACUUUAUUACAAAAGAAAGAAUCAGGAAAUCCAUUCAAGACCAAAGUAAAUGAGUUGUUGCUGAAACUGAAUGCAUCAGCUGAAGAUAUACACAAAAUAGAAGUUAAUGCAAGUGAUGAUUACUAUGAUUACUACACUUAUGAUGAACCCCUUUUGGAACUAGAGGAACUCAAAGAGAAGAUACUAUCAGUUGACAAUUCUCCUAAAAAUAAAGAAAAUAAUUCCUCAGAUGAAAUUAAUUCUUCUGAAACAGAAAAAAUUAGAGAAGAAAUUUUAGCGAAGGAAGUUCCUGAAUUAACAACUGAAGAACAGAAUUUUGCAAAAGCACAAACGAAUGCCAAGGCUCAAGAUCCUGAAAAAUAUGACCAACAUAAAAAUGGAAAAUUAGACAGUUUAGCUUCUCCUUCAGAUGAGAGAAUCUCUUCAGAAGUUGUAAGUGAUAUUCCUACAGCAACUUCAGUACUUGAAAGACACAAAACAUUUGCAGAAGAUGACUCUUUUAUAACUACCACUGUUAAAAUUAAUCAUGACUAUAUAGAUGAUAAAAUGACAGAAAAUAUUGAGCGUAUAGCAAAUACCGAGAAUCCUAAUAGCAGAUAUAUUCUCGAAUCUGAACCUUCUGAAGUAAACAAACCUGAAACAUUAACAAAAAAUGAAGAUAGAACAAUAACAUUUUCAGAAGCUACUUCAGAUCAAGACUCGAUAACUAAUGCAGCAAUUACUGUAUCUUCCUUGCAGGUCAUAGACAAAAAGACAAAUAAUGAUAGUAAUGAUACAGAGAACAGCAAUGAAUUACCCAAAAAAGAUAUUUUGCUUACAGAUUCUGAUGAAAAUUCAGACUCAACUACUGAGAUUUUAUACACUACAUUUGCUCCUGAUACAAGUACUGAAACAACUACACCUGUCUCCACUACCCCUUCUAAUUUACUUCAUCCAUACAAAUCACGACCAGUAUACAGGACCUGGAGAACCACCACUCCGCCCCCUCCAGUAUCUAUUCGUCCAAACAGUUCUCUGAGAUUACCAAGACCUACCAGGCGAGGCAAUAAAGGGGCGCAUACAUCUAGUAAUAAAAGAGUAAUCCAAGGAGAAAAGGAAAAAACACGAUCUCCUAAUGAGCGCACUAAUCAAGUACUGCCACAAGAAAAAUCCAAAGAAGAAUUUAAAGUUAAAAAUAAUUUUGAUACACGAGAACCAUUCAAAAACAAAUCUGCUGAAUCUGCUUCUAAGCCAUCAACGGAAAAAAUUGCUUUACCUGAUGUUAAGAUGACUCAACAACAACCUGAUGAAUUGUUCAUGACAACAGUGCCACAAAUAACAUCAACAGAAAAAGUUCCCCAGACAAAUAGUCAAAAUGUAGAUCAAAAAACAUAUUCUGAUUCAAAUUCUGGUAAUUCUGAUAAAACAGUUAGUUAUACUUCUUUAGAGGACUACAGAACAGUAGAUUAUGAUGGAAUGACACCAUCUUCGGUUCUUCCAACAUUUUCUAGGAAAAAUUUCUUCGUUGACAGAGAAGAUCAAAAAAUUACCAAGGCAGGCAUUACAACCUCAACCACAAUAACAACAACAACUCCAGUAACAACAACAGUGUGGGAAUCUGAGACUGAGAACCUGCCUGUUAGCAAUGUACCAAUAGAAGAGAUCUAUGCUUUAACUUCAAUAGAGGAACAGACACCUCAAUCCAUUGAUGAUUUGCACCAAGAUACUAAGAGUAGGACUUUCACAUGUAAUGGUAAGGAGCUACACCAAUACCAUCCUGACCCAUUAGACUGCCAUCUUUUCCACUACUGUUCUCAAGGUUUCCACAGUCGACAACUGCUAGAUUUUAGGUUCAUGUGUGAUAAAGGAACUGCAUUUAGCCCUGAGUCUCAUCGUUGUGAAAAUGAAGAUGAAACGUUGUGUGGAAAUCUACACAAUUAGUUGACUGAUUAAAUUAGGUUGUACUCACUGUGUAACUUGAAUUUUAAAAUGAACUGAUUUUUGAAGUAUUAAACAUUUUUAUAGAGAUAUUAUCACCGAAAUGGCUUGCAACAUAUAUCGACAAGAUUAUGUCUGUAAUCUGAAGAAUCAUGUGUCAAUGAGAAUUGCUUUUUGAACAUCACAAACUAGAAUAUAAUUGCACAUGAAUAAUACUCAUCUUUUCAGUUGAAAAGGUUAUCAUGAAUUGAAAGUCUGUGAGGGAAGUGAUUGGUUAAACCUUUUCUGGAAAACAGCAUAGUGCAAUUCAUCAUUUGGAAACCAAAGUGCAAAAGGUUUUCAAUGACUGUAAAAUAGAAUAAACUUUCUCUAUGUGCUUUUCCGUAAAGGUUUUCCACUUUCCCAGUUUGGAGAUUAUUUUAGUAUUUUAUUAUAUUGAAUUGUAUUUCAACAAAGUAUAAAACAUAAAUAAAUUGUAUUUUUCCUUCUUUAAAGCAAGGAAGUGUGUUAAAAAUAGCAAAAUGUGUGAUACGAGAAGUUGUUUAUCAAUAAAUAUGCAAAUUAUA